AUGCCACCUUUCGCCGAAGACCGGGCCUCAACAACGGUCUCGGACAUCCCUCUCUCAGACAUUGAGCGUGGCUCCAGUUCUAUUCCCAACGAAUCCGCCCGCUGGAAUGGCUUCUCCCAAUUCCACCCAUCCAAUAUCCUCGCCAACCCCAACGGAUUGGCACCGAAAGUGUCGCAGGAAGACUGGCUGGCCUAUUCCGAAGACACAUGGCACCGAUUAACGGUUGCAUUGACACCAAGCUUUUUACAGCACUAUGUCGGCGGUGAAACGCCGGAGGCUGCAAAGCUACACGCCAUUGCCGCCCUCGACGGGCUGCGCGGCUGGGCCUGCCUGCUCGUCUUCAACUUCCACUUCCUCUUCACGUAUACCUGGAAAGUCGCGAUCGGGUGGGGAUUCAAUGGUGAAAAUUUCGGUCUCCAUCAGCUGCCGUUUGUGCAUCUGUUGAUCUCGGGCCAUGUCAUGGUGGCCAUUUUCUUCGUCAUCUCCGGCUACGUUCUCUCAUAUAAGCCGCUUAAAACGAUCCGCUCCCAAACUUUUGAUCAGACCUUUACCAUUCUGGCUUCGUCGACAUUCCGCCGUGGAUUGCGUCUAUACGUCCCCUCGUUGAUUGGGCUCAUGUGUGUGUUCGUGGCUGUCCGCCUCGGUCUUUACAACUACUCGCACGGCGUUAUCAAGCAAGGUCUCACCAUCCGCGGCACAAAUGAACAGCACCCACCGGUGUAUGAAUCCUUUACGAAACAAUUCUGGGACUUUCACUACACAGUCGCGCAUCUCCUGAACCCAUUCGAUUGGAAUCUCUACUACAACAACUACAACCCGCAUCUUUGGACCAUCCCGGUCGAGUUUCGCUGCUCAAUGGUCCUCUUCCUUACCACCAUCGCCACAUCCCGCCUCGCAGCAGCCAUUCGUAUGCCACUCGUCGGUGCACUCAUGUGGUUCUGCAUGCGCUAUGGCCGCUGGGACGUCGUCCUCUUCCUUAUCGGCAUGAUCAUGGCCGAGAUCGACAUAAUCAACGGAACCUGGGAGCGUCCCGCGACCUCCCCCACAAUCAACGAGAAAACCAACAUCCGCCUUACCCCUGGUGGCAGAGUCCUGACCACCGUAUCCCGUCGCCGGCUAUGGAUAACCGUCUUUGUGAUCGGCUUGUAUAUUAGUUCAACCCCGAACAUCGGGUACAAAUGGACGCCCGGUUUCAGGUGGCUAUGGCACUUGACACCUCACACAUACGGUGAACUACACCGGUUCCCGCAAACCAUCGGCGCAGCUCUCAUCGUCUUCAGCAUCAACCACUCACCCGACAUCCAGAAACUAUUCACCAACCCGUUCUCACAAUAUCUGGGCAAGAUCUCAUUCGCAUUUUACAUUGUCCACGGACCUAUUUUGCACGCAUUGGGCUACUCUUUCAUGCCAAAUAUCUGGGCUGUCACUGGCAAGGAAACGAACUUCCAGUACUGUUUUGGCUUCCUGAUAGGCUGGAUGAUUUGUCUGCCUAUUGCCAUUUGGGCUGGUGAUGUAUACUGGCGUGCUGUUGAUAUCCCCAGUGUCAAGUUUUCGCGGUGGAUGGAGAAUUGUCUCAUUGUGAAAAAUGCCCCAAUGGCUGCUACGCCGAGUUUGACGACUCCACGGGCGACGCCGAGAUUAUCAUAG